AUGGAUCGAGGAAACAGAAGCACCAUGGUCCAUAAGUUCAUCCUCGUGGGAUUCACGGACAGUCCACAGCUGCAGGUUGUCCUCUUCAUGGUGUUCCUAAUGAUCUAUACCGUCACCCUGCUGGGCAAUCUUGGGAUGAUCGUGUUAAUCAAGAUUGACCCCCAGCUUCACACCCCCAUGUACUUUUUCCUCAGGCACUUGUCCUUCUGUGACCUCUGCUACUCUUCUGCCAUUGCGCCAAAGAUGUUGCUGAACUUCUUAAGAGAGGACAAGGCCAUUUCCUUUGCUGGGUGUGCGCAGUCUUAUGUGUUCGGUUCUUUCUUGGAUGCGGAGUGCUUCCUCCUGGCCGCAAUGGCCUAUGACCGUUGUGUGGCCAUCUGCAAGCCAUUGCUUUACAAUAUCAUCAUGCUCAGGCGGGUAUGUGUCAGCCUGGUAGCUGGGGCAUACACGAUAGGUUUGGUGGAUUCGCUAGUUCAUACCUAUUUCAUCUUGUGGUUGUCUUUCUGCAGCUCCAAUGUCAUCAAUCAUUUCUUCUGUGACGUUCCCGCACUGCUAGCACUUUCCUGCUCUGACACAUGGCUCAACGAGCUCCUGCUCUUCAUCCCUAUGAGCGUGGUGGAGAUUAGUCCCACUCUCUUGAUCCUGGUCUCCUACCUCUACAUCCUCCUCAUGAUCAUAUAGACCCGCUUGGCUGAGGGGAAACAAAAAGACUUCAGCACCUGCGCCUCCCACCUCCUGUGUAUCACCAUCUUCCAUGGGACUCUUCUUUUUAUGUACACCCAGCCCAGUUCUAGCUACUCCCUGGACACUGACAAAAUGGCCUCCAUGUUCUACACGGUGGUGAUCCCCAUGCUGAACCCCCUCAUCUACAGUCUGAGGAACAAGGAAGUGAAGAACACCCUGGGGAGAGUGAUGUCGAGAAAUUAUUUUUCAUCCUCUCUACAUUAA